AUGUUUCCUUUGGUGAACCCUCCAAACAGGGUUCUUCAGGUGGACGCGAAGCUGCUCGACAACGAGAUAUUUGAAAUCCUGUCGAAGCAACUGAAUGAGGCCAUAUCGAACCCGAAACUGCCGCGUUUUUUCCAGCUUCUCAACUCCAGAUACUCUGACGAGCUCCGACUGGCCUUGGAACUGCUUGUCUUCAAAGUGACAAUAUGGAACAAAAACAGCAGCUACGGCUUACUGCUUCAGAACUUGGUGAUGUCAGACGGAGGCGAUCGACGCAGAAACACCAAGUCCGAGCUCUCCAGACUCAAGAAGACCGCCCUCUUAUCGUAUCUAAUUCUGUCAUAUCUGUACAAAAAACUGGAGUCGCAUGUGUACAGUCUAGACGAUGACGAUGAGGAAGAUCGUACCAAAUUGCGUCAGAUUUUGCACAGACUUAUGGCCAAAUUGCAGAGAGUUCUGCCAACGCUGCAGAAAUGGUACGCCGGCCUCUCGCUUGCCAACUUUCUUGCUUUCCUGAUCCACGGACAAUACCCCAACCUUGUCAAUAGAAUUCUCCGCAUCAGGUACAAGCCGCUCGUGUCCACCCAGGUCUCGUUCGCGUCGAACCCGGAGACCAUCUCGUACGAGUUCCAGGACAGACAGCUGGUGUGGAACACGCUGACCGAAUUUCUCGUAUUCAUUAUGCCUAUGCUCUCAAUGUCCAGCCUGUCCAAGUCGGUUGUGCGGCUGCUCCAGACGGACCACACAAAGGAUGAAAAGGAGACCAUUUACCGGUUCCUUCCUGAACGGUGCUGCGCAAUAUGCUAUCAAAACACCACCCGUGCUGGCGUGACCGACGCGUCGAUAGACGAGCACCUGAUCACAAACCCGUUUGAGACGAGCUGCGGCCACGUCUAUUGCUAUGUGUGUCUGAUGGCCAAGCUGGAGGACGGGGACCCGUGGCAGUGUUUGCGGUGCGGCGAACGCGUCGAGUAUGUGCGGGUGUUUGACGGAGAGCCUGCUGACUACGAGCCGGACUCGAGCGAACAGGAGUCGGUUUCGGAGUACUCGAGCGACUCUGGCAGCGAGUCGGACUCGUCUACGGGCUAUUCGGAUAAGGUCGAUAAGGUCUAUAACUAA